GCUUCGUGUCCUCAAAGCUUCCCUAGCUUACAUAGCCUCUAGCACGGGUAUUGGCAUUGGCAUCAGCAUUAGCAUGAGCAUGAGCACUGCUAACCUGUCUGUCAUAUCUCCCGGACCAGGCAGACACGAAGCCAUCACCAAGACAGCAACGUUGCUCAUUUGCGAAGGUGCAACUCCCAACCAUCUCCGGCAUCAACAUCAUGUCAGGAGCGGGCUACGACGCAGUAGUAGACGUGGAUGACGAGGUAUGCAUUAUGCUCCCAAUCCUCGGGCUGCGCGCGAAGCUUCAAGUCAAGGCGACCUCGGCCAUACCGAUCUCCAGGAAGACCUCGAGUUCCACAACUCGACCUUCACGGCGCCCUCAAACAACACACGCAAAGGCGGCCCCAGCCCCGGUCUUCCACCUCCCGCAACAGCAGGUUCCGGCUCGAGCUCCUCGAAACGUUUUCUCUGGUCUCUGUCCUUUUACGCCCAGUUCUUCGACGUCGACACGUCGUCCGUGCUGUCGAGAUGCUGGGCCGCGCUGUACCCGCGCGCUAACUUCCUCGAUGUGCUUGAGGGGAACCCCGAUCUCUAUGGCCCAUUCUGGAUCGCGACGACGGUCGUCUUUAUCCUGUUCUUGGGCGGCACCAUCAGCCAAUACCUGACAAAGAUCGGCGACGCGCCCUUCCUGUACGACUUCAAGCUAUUGAGCGGUGCCGCCGGUCUGAUCUACGGCUACACGCUCGUGAUCCCGAUCCUGCUCUUCGGCGCCCUGCGCUACUUCGGCUCCGAGUCCGCCAACCUACUCGAGUGCUGGGCCCUCUACGGCUACGCCAACCUCAUCUGGAUCCCCGUCGCCCUCAUCAGCUGGUCCCCGAUCCAGAUCCUCAACUACGUUUUCGUCGGUCUCGGCCUCGGCCUGUCCGUCGCCUUCCUCCUGAGGAACCUCUGGCCCGUCCUGAGCGCCACCGAUCGCCAGACCAGCAAGGUCCUCCUGGUCCUCGUCGUCGUCCUGCACGCCGCCCUCGCCAUCGCCAUCAAGGUCUUGUUCUUCAAGGCCGGCAGCCCGGCCCCGAUCCAGUCCGACCCGCCCGCCGAGACCAAGCCGGAUGAAGGUGGUGCCGAGGCUAUGCUGCGUUUCUUGCUCCGCGCAUAGAGGUGGGCGGGUGAUGGUACGGAAAAGGUGCCAGUGAUAAGACAGCGUGUAGGAAGACUCGGCGGCAUGCCCAGCGCGUCUAUAUGGAAAUGAUGCAAGUAUUUUGAGUUGUACACUAGAUGGUUCCGUUACGAUACCAAAGACAUCAUGAUUCACAACUCUUGGUCCAGCCAGAAAUUGCAUAAAGGUCUCACUGCUGAUAUCUUUUUUUAUUAUAUUCUUUUUUACUUUUUUCUUUUUACUCUUCCAUGGCUCAAAAGUGCACCAGUCGAAAAUGCCGAUGUAUCAACAGACAAUGUGAAACAAGGGAAGCUUGCUACUGGCCUAUGUCACAUCUAUUCCGUUUCGUUGCUUGAAUAUACAAG